ACGAAGCGGAGCAACUGCACUCUGCACACGGCCAUGUUCCGCAACAAGGUCCUGAUCCGCGCCGCCGCCGCCGACUCCGACUCUUCCUCCUCCCCAGCGCUGCCGCCAUUCCGCCUCCGCCAGCUCUCGCUCUCAGCCCCCGCCCCGAUCCCCGCCCUCGACCUCGAAAUCCUCUGCUGCAGGCUCUCCCGCCGCCACCGCGUCGCGUGCCUCCCCCAGCCCCCCGCCGACGCCCUCCUCGUCUUCCAGGGAUGCCAGUCCCGCGAGGCGGCCGAGGCGGUCUCCGAGAUCGCGGCCGCGUUCCCUGGGGCCUCGGUGGGCGAGGAGGAGGCGCUGGAAUGCUCAGGUGAGCUGAUCGCAAAAGCCGUCGGGUGUGAUCUGCGCUCCAUGAUGCUUGAACAUGGAUGGAGGUGUCUGGGAGAGAGUAUUUACGUGGACUCGAAGUUUGAUCAGAAUCAGGAGAGGACUGAUCUCUGCGCGGUGAAAGUGGAAGUCCGACUAGGGACAAAUGAUGAUUUUGAAUUUGUUGUCUCACCUGACGCAUUUCGCUACACUACUCAUAAGAUCUCUGAUGUUGCUAGCUCCAAUAUGAUGGAAACAUUUCAGCACAACAAUGAAGUGGUUUUGGAUAUCUUUAACAUUCGAACAGCUUGUACAACUCUCCCCGCACUUCAGGAAGGCCAUGUGAUUGGAUAUAGAAAGAUGCUCCCCUCAGAAUGCUGCUUGGACAAGUUUAUGGAGCUUUGUUUAUUUAAGCAUGGGUUAGAUACAAACUAUGAUUACCAUGUAGCAGUCAAACUUACUUAUGGAGCUUCAUUGGAAACAAAAUGUAGGUGGCCUUCUUCAUUAGUUCUCCAAGGUCCAGGGCUUCAACCGGCCUUAAAAUCUGUAAGAGUAUCAAAGGCAAUGUCUGCCUUGCAAUCCUUUGUAGAAUUAUUGAAAGCUUGGAGUUUCUUUGGCCAUAAUAAACUAAUAAUUAAGGAACAGGUUCUACUGAACUGCUCUUCAACUCUGCCUGCUUGGGAUAAGGCUGCAAGUAACCUGACAUUCCACAGUUCAAAAAAUGAUAAUAUCGAGGAUCUUGAUUCAGGUCAUUCAAAUAUUAUGUCCAAAGGUCAAUCAUUUAUUCUAGACUUUCGCACCCCAAAACCUGCUGUCCUUUGUUCAUUGAGGGCAAAAUUGUUGAAUACCGAAGUUCACAAGACAGCUCAUCCUUUGGGUGACAAUUACACUCUCAGUUGCGUGAAUCCUAUCAAUGAUGGUUUUCAAUCACAACUGGUUGCUCCAAACAGUUCAUAUAAAUCACAUGUUCCUUUGUUGAAGCCAUCAUUCAGCAGAAGUAAAUCAGCAGAAAAAAGGAAAUUGAGAUAUUCAUCAGAACAUCCUGAUGCGGAUAAUUCAAACAAAUCAAGUCAUCUUGAUGCUGUAGCAAAUCAUGCUAAUCUUGUUAGUUCGUCAAGUGCAAUUCUUCACAUGCCAGUCAUUCAGGUUUCUGAAAAUCUUGGAAGAAAUCAUGCAGAGUUACUGAAGGACAGAAGUCGAGGAGGUGGAAUUACCAAAGACCAACAGGAUUAUUUAGAAACAAAGUUGGACUCAAGAAGGAAGAGUAAAGACUACACACCAAGUAUCCAAGAAGUGACAAAAGCAAUACCAGACAUUGAGAAAGAUGUGCUUACCGCAAAGGUGGUAAACACAAAAUUGAAUUCUGUUGUUGCCAAGGAUGAGGUUACUGCAGAAGCAAAGAGAAAGGCAAAGCAAGAUCUUGACAAGAAUGUGUUGACUGCUGUGACUAAACAGAAAACAAUGCCAGAAAUUGUCAAAAAUGAAUUUGCUACAAAGGUGAGAGAUAAUCAGAACGAUGACCUUAAGAAAAAGGUUACAAAGUCUAGGGCGAAGGCAGUUGACAAGGAUAUCUUAAAUUCAAAAAGGACAAAAUCAAAGCCAGAUGUCGCCAGUGACGAGUUGAUAGCAAAGGUGAUCGAUCAUCAUAGGAGAGGUGAGCUGCGUUUGCUGACAGUCGCUGAUCUAAAGAGCUUCCUCGGUGCAAAGAAAUCAAAGGUUGGAGGAACAAAGGAAGUGCUAAUACAAAGAGUGACUGAGCUCCUUGCUUGACGGAUGCGUCGCUGUUAACAACUAAGUAAGAGGUUCCAACCUAAUUUGCAUGUGAGAUGUGCACGGUACUUGUUUUCUGGCGCUACUUGGUUGCACUGAGAACCAGAAGAUGCAUGUAAGUACAGUCACCAUAAAAUCAGAGAGCCUUUUUACAAAUUACUUGGGAGAUACUCCUUCCGCUCCGUUGUUUUAGUUUUUCCCAAAGUCAAACUUAUCUAACUUUGACCAAGUUCAUAGAAAAAUAUAUCAUAACAUCUAAAAUUCUUCACAAAUGCACCAACAAUGGUGUUCUCAAUGUUGUAGUCUUGUA